AUGGAUAUGACACAUCUGAGGCCCCUUUCAGAUGCAGCCCAACCAUGGCCCACCAGCAUUGUUGCUAGUGACAUUCCAGACGGGACUGGUCAGACUCUACCCCUCAAUAUGUUGACAGCUGCUGCUGAGGAGCUAUACGAUCUGAUCAACUGGCUUGACUUGAGUGCAACUCCUGAGGCAAGCCCUGCAAAGUGUUGGUCCCCUCACUCAAAAAACUUUACACUGGACCCUGUGCUUGCUUUCACGCUUCAACGUGCUUGUCAGAUUUGCUACCCUGAUGUUCCGUCUUCAGCCAAACCAGACCACAUGUUUGAUGUUGACAUGUCUUUUGGUUCUAGCAAGUCGCAGGAAACUCCCAAAAAUCUGUUCAAAGGGUCAUUUAGGAAGUUUGUCUGA